GAAUCGCAUUGGAAAAGGAGUGUAUGACUUGAGGCCACCGACAGUGUCUUCUGAAAUUUAUUCCUCCACGUCGAAAACGACAAGGAAAUCUGAAUUAAUGAGGAAAAUACUGAACAAGGUCGUAACAAAAUUGUUAAAUUCCUCAACAAUGAAUAAAGCAGCUAUUGCAUACGACAGAGGAUUGUUAUAGAAAAUACUAUGAUGACUACACCGAUACUUUCUCCGAACUGAACUUGUUUCCAUUGAAAUAUUGGAUAGGUAAUCAUCACUUUCAAAUUUUCCAAAAUACCUUAAUGAAGGCAUUAAUACAAAAGCCCCUCCAAAAAGACUUUAUCAUCUUUUGCAGUAGUUAGUCCCCCGUUGACAAAUUACAGAUAAAACCUUGUCCGAGUAUCGGUACAGGUAGGAGGGAGGUGUAAUCAGCAAUUUGUACGAUAGGCCUUCUCCUUUUUAAUACAGCAGUCUAGUGUUGUGCGGUUGUAUCGUAUGAACCGAUAAUUUUUACUUUUUCUAGCCUAUUUAUUACGAAGAAGAUUCCCUAUGUGUGCCUAGCAAAAAGAUAGUAGAUAACAAUGACUAUUAGAUUACAUACGGUUAGAAUUGCAGUGGUAGUUUUAGUUGUUCUGUUUGUCAGCAUCGGAUCUGGUGAGAGCGAUGAAGUCCGGAGACAAUGGAAACGCCAGGAUAGCAAUAACUUCAAUUUGUUGACAUUGACAAACACUUCAGAUAAUGGUACACAUGAGACAAACUGCUCGCCACACUCCAUGGAGGAGUUUCCCACUGACCUCUUCACUCCUGCCCAGAGGAAGAAUGGCGCGGUUUUACUUCACGCAUUCUUCGGUUUUUACUGUUUUUUACUCACAGCAUACGUCUGCAACGAUUAUCUCCUGCCAGCGUUGGAUAUUAUUUGCGCAGAACUCAAGAUCAGUGCUGAUGUAGCUGGAGCUACAUUUUUAGCGACUGCCAGUUGUUUUCCCGAGUUGUUUGUCAAUGUCGUGGGUACCUUUGUCACAGAAUCGGAUCUCGGUGUUGGAACGGUUGUUGGUGGUGCUGUAUUCAAUACCUUUGCAACACCAGCUUUCGGCGCGCUAUCCGCUGCUCAGUCUAUUCCACUUGAUUCAUGGAUUCUAUCGAGGGAUUGCAUUAUUUACGUCUUUUCGGUGAGUGCUCUUGUGAUGGUGAUGUGGGAUGGCAGAGUCAAAUGGUACGAGUCUCUCGUUCUCAUCAUUUUAUUCACCGGAUAUUUCGCUACUUUAUUUCUCAACAAUAAAGUUAUUUUCUGUACGAAGAAAAUAAAGGAACUAUUCAGGAAGAAAUCUCAACUUCAGAAUGAAAAUGAAGGUAGGUCCGAACACGAGGAUAUGCCGAGCGGAAGCUACAAACCGUUUGUUCAUGGAGACUUGGUUAUCGAGUAUCGGAAGAGUAUUCAACAUGUGAAGAGGAAAGAGAUGGAGGAGGGAAAAAGUUGCGAUAAGUGCACAGAGAAUGUUGAGGAAUAUAUCGAGCCAGCUUCACCAUUGCAUUGUCCAACUGGUGGUAUCUGGAGCCAGUGCUGGUUCUUGUUCACAUGGCCUGCCAAGGUUAUCCUCUUCCUCACUAUACCUGACACACGAUGGAAAAAAUUCAAGAACUGGUAUCCACUGACUUUCAUCAUGUGCGUCUGUUGGAUUGCCGUGUCGACGUACUUAGUCAGUUGGAUGAUGACUAUCGUCGGGGAUACCCUCGGAAUUUCCGACUCGAUAAUGGGAAUCACCUUUCUAUCUGCCGGAGGAAACAUGCCAGAGCUCGUUUCAAUCGUUAUACUAUCACGUCAAGGAAAUGGAAACAUGGCGAUGAGUAAUACACUUGGGGCUAAUACAUUGGAUGUGUUAAUGUGCCUGGGAUUGCCAUGGGCAAUUAAGUCCAUUAUGUCGGGAUCGGAUAUUAUUAUUGAAUCUGGAGCUAUUGCGUACAGCGUUCUUUCUAUUAUUGUGUGCGUUGUUGGAUUUUUCAGUGUGACAGCCUACUACAAAUUCAACUUGAACAGACAAGUCGGUAUUGCUUGUCUAAUUAUGUACUCACUAUUCCUCACUUUUACUAUUCUCUUGGAAUCCAAUGUUUUUUGGCAAGUUAAUCAACCCACGUGUAAAAAUUAAUUAUAAUCAUCAAUAUAUUGUGAAGGUCGAGGGAUUCACUAGUCACAUUACUGGGAUCCAUUCCUGAUCAAUCGACUCAUUAUCAUUAUUGUUAAUUAAAUUUUAAGAUAAAUAAUCAUCAAUUUUUAUAAAUUGUUAUGGUGAAAGAGAAAUUUAAGUUGUUGGCAAAAUAAAUUUUUAUCGUCAGAUUGAA